AUCUCGAAGAAAAAAGAGAAAAGAAUAAGAUCACACUAGCAGAAAAAGACAUGCUUCUUCUACUGAGAGACAGUAUUUCAGAGCAACAGGAUAACAUUGCAAAUGAGAGAGAGCAAAUGAGACUUAGAGAGACUGAACUUGAACAACUCCAAGCUCUGAUUUAUAGACAGCAAGAUGAAAUGGAAGCCACACAAAAAGCUCUCACAAUGGAAAAAAGUAGACUUGAAGAGAAGAAAACUGAAAUAGAUCAAAAACAGAGAAAGGUAAAUGAAGUCAUGGCAUUUACAACAGGAGAAAGGGCUUAUAUUGAAAAAGAGAAGUCUGAAAUGCUAACACAGAAACACCAAAUGGAGACUGAACUGGAGCUCUUGAAGGCAGAACUGAAUAAUGACAUAAAUGAAAAAAGAGCAGCCCUAGACAGAGAGAUAAAGGAGCUUCAAUAUCAUAAAAAAGCUAUUCGAAAUGAGAAGGAUGACGUAGAACAGAUGAAGAUUGAGCUGCAAAGACAAACUGAAGAUAUGAGAAGGCUAAAAGAAGAAACACAAAAUGAAAGACAGAGUUUGGAAAAGAUGGCAGAAGAACUUCAGAAAGAGAAAGAAGAUAUUGUUCAUCUUGCUGAAGACACAAAAAGAAAGAAUGAGAUUCUUGAUGAAAUGAAAGUAUUACAUGAGUCCACAUUAGAAAAUCUGCAAAAAGAGAUCAGGGAAAAACAGGACCUGAUGUCUGAGCUGAGAAAGAAGUCUGAAGAUGUUGAGCUUCAGAUGAAGCAGAUAUUGACUGAAAGGGAAAUGUUGGAAAAUGAUAGACAACUGUUAAAGAGAGACAAGGAAGAUCUGCAACAAAAAAUAAUUAAUGUAGACAGAGACUCAGAGAGUCUGAAACAUGAGAGAGAAGCUUUGGAGAAUGAAAAGGAAGUAAUAAAAAAGAUCAAAACUGACCUGCAAAGAGAGACACAAGAGUUCGAGAAGAUGAAACUACAAACACAAGAUGAAAGACAAAAACUGGAGGAAAUGACAGCUCAACUCCAGAAAGAGAGAAAAGAAAUCAAUGAUCUUACUAAAGAGACCAAAGGAAAGAACAAAGAAAUUCAAGUUAAAAUGAAAGAAAUUCAAUCUGAUAGAGACAUGAUUGAAAAGGAAAUGCAUGAUCUCGAGAAAAUCAAACAUGAACUUGCUAAAGCAAAGGAGGAUCUAGAAAAAGAAAGAGAACAGCAAGGAAUCAUACUAGCAGAGAUACAGAAAGAGAGAGACAACCUAGAGGAGAAGAAGGAGACCAUCACAAGACAAACACAUGAAAUGAAAAAUCAAGAGGAACAAAUAAGACAAAAACAACAUGAACUAGAACAACUAAAAACUGAAAUUCAGAAUCAGAAACAGGAACUAGACAAUGACAGAAACAUUAUAAUAAAAGACAGAAGUCAGCUUGAUCUGAGACAGUCUAAGCUAGACAAACAACAGACAGAAGUGAGUCACAUUAUGGAAAAAAUGAGAAAUGAGAGAAGCCAACUAGAUGAAGAAAAACAAAAGAUGGAAGAACAGAAACAGCAAAUGAAGAAAGAAAGAGAUGAUGUAGACCAAAGUAGAAAAGAUCUGACUGAAGACGUAAAGAUCAUGACACUUCAGAAACAAGUGACUGAAGAUGAGAAGAACAAGUUAGAACAGAUGAAGAUUGAUCUGCAAAGAGAAGCUGAUGAUAUCAGAAAGCUCAAAGAAGAAACACAAAAUGAGAGACAGAGUUUAGAAAAGAUGGCUGAAGAACUUAAGAAAGAGAAAGAAGAUAUUGCUAAUCUUGUUGAAGAUACAAAGAGAAAACAUGAGAUUCUGGAUAAAAUGAAAGCUGCAAGUGAGUCUUCAAUGGCAGAUCUACAAAGAGAGAAAAACAACCUUAAAGAAAUGAAAUUGAACAUCUCCAAACAAAUUGAUGAUCUUGAAAAUGAGAAAGAUAAAAUAAAACUCAGACAAGAUGAACUAGAGCAACUACAAGCAGAGAAUCAAAAACAACAAUGUGAAUUGAAAAACCUCAAAGAAAUCAUCAUGACUGAGAAGCAGCAGCUUGAUCUCAGAGAGACUGAAAUACAAAAACAACAGAAGGAGCUGCAUGACAUUGUGGAGUUUGCAAAUAAUGAGAAGAGCAUUAUUGAAAAUGAAAUCGCUGCAAUGAACAGGGAAAAACAGAACAUGAUGACUGAGCUGAGAAAGAAGUCUGAAGAUGUUGAGCUUCAGAUGAAGCAUGUAUUGACUGAAAAGGAAACGCUGGAAAAUGAUAGACAACUGCUGAAGAGAGACAUGGAAAAUCUGAAACAAAAACUAGUUAAUGUAGACAGAGACUCAGAGAGUCUGAAACAUGAGAGAGAAGCUUUGGAGAAUGAGAAGGAAGUAAUAAAUCAGAUCAAAACUGACCUGCAAAGAGAGACACAAGAGUUUGAGAAGAUCAAACUACAAACACAAGACGAAAGACAAAAACUGGAGGAAAUGACAGCUCAACUCCAGAAAGAGAGAGAAGAAAUCAAUGAUCUUACUGAGGAGACCAAAAGAAGAGACAUGGUCUUGGAUGAAAUGAACACAGAAAUUGAAGUGAAAACUAAAGCCAUUCAAUCUGAUAGAGACAUGAUUGAAAAGGAAAAACAUGAAUUGGAGAAAACCAAACAUGAACUUGCUAAAAUCAAAGAAGAUCUUGAAAAGCAAUUUGCUGAGCAAGAAGAAAAGAAAGAAAUCAAACGGGCAGAGAUACAGAAAGAGAGAGACAACCUAAAGGAGAUGAAUGAGACCAUCACAAGACAAAUACAUGAAAUUAAAAAUCAAGAGGAACAAAUGAGACAAAAACAACAUGAACUCGAACAACUGAAAACUGAAAUUCAGAAUCUGCAGAGAGAACCAGACAAUGACAGAAACAUUAUAAUAAAAGACAGAAGUCAGCUUGAUCUGAGACAGUCUGAGCUAGACAAACAACAGACAGAAGUGAGUCACAUUAUGGAAAAAAUGAGAAAUGAGAGAAGCCAACUAGAUAAAGAUAAACAAGAGAUUGAAAAACAGAAACAGCAAUUGAAGAAAGAAAGAGAUGAUGUAGACCAAAGCAGAGAAGAUCUGGCUGAAGACAUAAAGAUGACGACACUUCAGAAACAAGUGACUGAAGAUGAGAAGAACAAGUUAGAACGGAUGAAGAUUGAUCUGCAAAGAGAAGCUGAUGAUAUCAGAAAGCUCAGAGAAGAAACACAAAAUGAGAGACAGAGUUUGGAAAAGAUGGCCAAAGAACUUAAGAAAGAGAAAGAAGAUAUUGUUCAUCUCACUGAAGAUACAAAGAGAAAACAUGAGAUUCUGCAUGAAAUGAAAGCUGCAAGUGAGUCUUCAAUGGCAGAUCUACAAAGAGAGAAAAACAACCUUGAAGAAAUUAGAUUGAACAUCUCCAAACAAAUUGAUGAUCUUGAAAAUGAGAAAGAGAAAAUAAGACUGAGACGAGAUGAACUAGAUCAACUACAAGCAGAUAUUCAUAAACAACAAAAUGAAAUUAUAAAGGAAAAGAACAACAUUGAAAGUGAAAGAGUUGCAGUGAUCCGGGAAAAACAGGACAUGAUGACUGAGCUGAGAAAGAAGUCUGAAGAUGUUGAGCUUCAGAUGAAGGAGCUAUUGACUAAUCAGGAAAUAUUGAAAAACAACAAACAACUGCUGAAGAGAGAUGUGGAAGUUCUGCAACAAAAACUAGUUAAUGUAGACAGAGACUCAGAGAGUCUGAAACAUGAGAGAGAAGCUUUGGAGAAUGAGAAGGAAGUAAUAAAAAAGAUCAAAACUGACCUGCAAAGAGAGACACAAGAGUUCGAGAAGAUCAAACUACAAACACAAGAUGAAAGACAAAAACACAAAGAAAUGGCAGCUCAACUCCAGAAAGAGAGAGAAGAAAUCAAUAGUCUUAUUGUGGAAAUUAAAAAGAAGAGAGAUGUUCUGGAUGAAACCUAUACUGAAAUACAAAGGGAACAAGAAGCAAUUGAGAGAGGCAAAGACUUGAUUAGAAGGGAAUGGUCUGACCUAGAGAAAACCAAAGCUGAGAUGUCUCAAACCAAGGAAGAGCUUGAAAAACAGAUUUCUGAACAAAAAACAAACAUUGAGAUCACACUGGCAGAGAUGCAUCAAGAGAGAAACAUGCUUGAACAGAUGACUGGGAAUAUAAGAAGAGAAAAAAAUAUGCUUGAAGAUGAAAAGCAAGAAUUAAAAAUAGAAAAGGAAGAACUUGAAAGAAUGCGGGCAGACAUCGAAAGAAAACAAGAAAAUACUGAUCACCUGAGAUUUGGCAUAACAGGAGAGAGUCUACUUGAGAAGUCAGAGGCUAAAAUGUUUCUUCAAAAGAGUGAGGUGGAUGUAGUCAAAUCUUUAACAGACAAAGAAAUGUCAGAUCCAGAUGGGAAAUGUGUCUUGAUGGAGCAGAUGCUGGAAAUGGACUUAAAAGAUGCAUUAGAAACAGAUGUUGAGAGCCAAAAGUCAGACUUACCUGAGGCUGAGGAUUUACCUCAUAAACAGGAGAUGAUGUUAGAGAAGACGUUUAUUGAAGAUGAAAAGGACAAACUGGAACAGAUGAGAGCUGAACUGAAAAGGGAAGCUGAACACAUUGAAAAGAAAAAGCAGGACAUGCAGAACGAAAGACAGAAGCUAGAAGAAAUGGCUGCUCAACUUCAUGAAGAGAGAAGAAGUCUUGAAAGUCUUAAUGAGGAGAUUAAUGUUCAGAAUUUCAAUCAACAAAAGCAAGCAACAGAGUCUGAAAUGGAGAAGACUGAUUCAGAGAAAAUCAAAACAGAAAUUGCUAAAGCCAACAAACUUCUUGCAGAACAGCAAGAAAGGAAUGAGAUGUCAAUAAAAGAGAUGCGGACAGAGAGAGACACUCAAGAAAAAAUGAUGACCAACACAAAAAAAGAUGAAAUGGAUGAACUGAAAAACACAAUCAUGAUGGAAAUGAGUCAACUGGACCAGAGACAAACUGACGUUGAUCUAUUACAGCGAGAGGUUGAUGAUCUAAUGGAAUUCACAAAGACAGAAAUGACCAACAUAGAAAGAGAAAGAGUGGAAAUGAUGGCACAGAAGAGAAAUGUAGAGAGAGAGAUGGUCAGUCUAGAGGAAGAAAAGGAGACCUGUGAACAACUGAGACUAAAAUUACUGGAGGAAAAGGAUCAGGUUGAAAAAGACAGAGAACUGUUGACCAAAAAUUUGUAUCAUAUGGAGAGGCAGAAAAUGGAUAUGGAGAAAGAACUAAAGAAUCUAAAAGCUGAGAAACACACCUUUGAAAAUGAGAAGGAGGAACUAGAGAGGAUGAAAAGCGACCUUCAAAGACAAGCUGAAGACUUGGAGAAACUAUCUGAGAAGACAAAGAAUGAAAGAUGGAGGGCAGAAGAGAUGGCAGCCAAAUUUAAAAAGCAAUUAGACGUCAGUGGUAUUCCAGCGGACUACCAACAGGCGGAAGAGCUCAUGGAUGAGACAGAGAAACAAAGAAAGAAUAUUCAGUCUGCCAAAGACUUGCUUCAAGAAGAAAGAUCUGAGCUGGAGAAAACCAAGGCAGAGAUAAACCAAGCCAUGGAAGAACUAGACAGACAAAGAACUGACUUACAGAGAGAUAAAGACAUUCUUAAGCAACAGCGUCAGCUGAUGGAAACACUAAAAAAGGACAUUGAAAAUGUGGAACAACUCAGAAAAGAGCUUUCGGAUCAAAAAGAAGUGACUGAGAAAAACAGAACACAGCUGAAACAAGACAUAGAUGACAUGGAACAAAACAAAUCAAAUCUGCAAAAAGAAUUACAGGAGAUAAAAGUCCAAAAACAGGAUAUUCAAGAUGAAAGAAUUCAACUAGAGCAAAUGAAAGCUAAGUUAGCAAAAGAAAGAAAAGCAAAUGAUGAAAUGUUGAGAGAGGCUACAAAAGAAAUGGAGAAAUAUAAGGAGAUCAAAACAAAUAUUCUAAUCCAAAAAGAAGAGUUUGAGACUAAAAGACAAUCACAAGUAGAGGAACUCAUUGGUAUGAGAGCUGAAAUACUCAAACAGAAAGAGGAAUUAGAGGACAAGAUGCAAAAGACUAAACAUGAGAUGAAAGAAUUGAAGCUUCUUCAGGAUGAAACAGAUGGCAAGAGGAAAGAUCUUGAACACAAGAUGAGACAGGCAGCAAGAAAGAAAGAUGAGCUGGAGAAAAUGAGAGCUUAUAUUGAAAGUGCAAAUGAGAAACUGGAAAUGGACAGAGUCAUGUUAAGUAUAGAGCGUGAGGACAUGGAGCGAAUAAAAGCUGAGAAACAACGAGCAGGAGAGGAACUACUAUCUCAUACGGAAGAAAGAGGUGGAGAUCUGGAAGAGAAAGAACAAAUAAACACCAAGAUACUGAGGCUUAUUCAAGAGGCUGAAAAGACUAGGGAAAUGGCCUGGAGAACAAAACAUGACCUGGAAAGAAGCAUGCAGAGAGAUGUUAAUGUUCAAGCGGAUUCAGAGGAAAGGCAAGAAAUGAGUGCUUACAUGCAGAGGCUGAUCCAGGAAAUUGAACAUGUCAGAGAGGUUCUCAGAAGAAUGAAAGAUGAAGUCAAGGCAGCUAGAAAAGAAAGAUUUGAACUGGAGAACAUAAGGCUGGAAGUCGAAGCCAUGAAACAUAGCAUGAAGGAAACCUAUGAGCAACAGAACAAGGAGAUACAAAAAGAGAAGCAGCAAAUUGAGAGUACCAAAGACUUGUUGAGCAGAGAGCGAAGUGAUCUUGAGCAAAAUAGAGCUGAUUUGGAGAGACAAAAACAAGAAAUAGCAUUGGAAAAACAAAAACUCCAUGAUGAAAAUGAACUGCUGAACAAAGAAAUCGUUGACAUGAAGCAGCAAUAUGAAAUUCUCAAAAACCUUCUAGAAGAAACAACUAGAGAAAAAACAAAACUAAAUAAAAUAAAAUCAAAAAAAAAGAAAGGAAUGAGGAGAGAUUCAGAGGAAUUAAGGAAGAAAAUGGAAUCAUUAAGCAUGGGCGACCAGCAAGAAGAGAGCGAGAGUCAGUUAGAUAAAGUUAAAAGACAAAUAGACAAACUGACAGAGUUGAAGGCUGAGCUGGAUCAACAGCAGGUAGAACUUGAGAAAAAUAAAGCAGGCUUAAAACAUCAGAUGGAUGAGCUAGAAAACAUGAGGUCUGAGAUAUUACAACAUGAAAAGGACACUAGAGAGGUGGAGCUGAUGGAUAUACAGAGCCAGAGAGAAGUCCUAGAAACAAGGAUUCAGAAAAUGAUGCAUGAGAAGGGAGAACUGGAAGUCUUAAGGUCUGAGAUAGUCAUAGAAAAGAAAGAUCUGGACCAGAAGAUGAAACAAGUGAUGAGAAAGAGGGAUGAGAUGGAGAAAAUGAAGACUGAGAUAGCAAAGGAAAGAGAGGAGAUCAACAGAGAGCGGCAGGAGCUGGAAAUACUCAGAAAUGAUGUUCAAUGUGCAAGAGAGGAUUUUGAGCUAUUGGUGGAGAAAACUGUGAAUCUAGAAGAUGAGGAAAGCACCAAUGCUGACAUCCAAAGACUAAUUUUAGAGGUUGUAAAAAUCAGCGAAAUGGUGAGAAAUCUAAAAGUUGACAUGGAGAACAGGAUGGAGGAAAGUAAGUUGGUGAGAGAUGAAAAGGAAAACUUCAAGUCUGAGAUCCAGAGGCUCAUUCAAGAUAUUGGACAAAUACGGGAAAAUCUUGGAAGCCUUAGAAAAGAGAUAGAAACCACCAGAAGAGAUAAGAAUGAAUUGGAGAAGAUGAGAGCAGAACUUGCAGAAAAGCAACAGGUGGAAGAGAACAUGAGAGAAAUGCUGCAGAAAGAAAAAGAAGAACUGGAGCAGUUGAAGGAUGAGAUAAACAGAGAAAAGGAGGAUAUGGAGACCAAAAGAGAGCUGGUUAAGGAAGAAAUAGCUAAAGAAAAAAUGGAAGAGUUCAAAGACACAAGAAAGAACAAGAAAGAACUGCAAAUGGUCACUAAGGAACUCUUGAGAAACAAGAGUGAUCUAGAACAGCUCAACAAAGACAUACAAAACCAAAGGCAAACCAUGGAAGAAAUGGAAACACUGCAUGAAAAGAAAAGGGCUGAACUGGAAGGCAUUACUUCUGAAGUAAAGAGGACAGAGCAGAUACUGGAGAAGCAGAAACAUGAGUUGGAAGAGAAAAGUUGGAUUGUUGAAGAAAUGGAGAAAAAGAAAGAUACACUUGAAAAGAUCAACAUGGAAAUACUGAGGAAGCAAGAAGAUAUAGAAAAAGAAAUGGACAAUUUAAGGCAAGAGAAGCAAGAACUGGAACUCUCUAGAAGUGAACUACAGAGACAGAGAGUUGAUGUUGAAUCUUCAAAACAUGCUUUGAUCAUGGAGAAGGAUUGGUUCAAAGAUGAACAAGCUGAAAUCAAUCAACAAAGGCAUGAAGUGAGUGCUGCCAUGAAGGCUUACGAUGUGGAACUGAAAAAUCUAGAAAAGACGAGGAAUGAACUAGAAAACGAGAGGGCUAAACUUGAUGAAAAACUCCAUGAUGCUACAAAAAUGGAGGAGAAACUACAGGAGAUGAAGAGUGAACUAAACAAAGAAAAAGAGCAAGUGGAAGAAAUGAAGCAGAUGGUCAUCACAGAGAGACAUUUAAUUGAACAAGAGAAUGCUGAGCUUCAGAAGAAGUCAGAGAUCACUGACAGACUCAUUCAGGAAGCAAACAACGAGAGGGACAGAUUAACAGACCUCAGUUUAAAACUUCAAACACAAAGAGAAGAUAUAGAGAAUAUCAUCACCGAAAUAGAGACCAAGAAGAAAAAUCUAAAUAUAAUGAGUGCAAAACUUCAAGAUGAUAAGAUACAACUGAAAAACGACAGAGAUGUUUAUGAAAGGGAAAUGACACAUCUGCAGCUUAAGAGGGAAGAGUUAGUGAUGGAAACAGAGGACCUGGAAAGAAAAACCUUACAGCAGAAAGAACAAGAUGAGAUGGCGAAACGAGAGAUUCAAAAUCAGAAAGAGGCUCUAGAGCAAAUGGAGGUGGAUAUUCUGAAGGAAAGAGAUGAUGUUGACAAAGAGAAGAAAACUGUACAUUCAGAAAAACAGAAACUGGAUACACUUCGAGAAGAACUGCAAAGAAAGGAAAGUGAGCUUGAAAACAAAGUAAAAACUUUCAUGGAAGAGCAGCAGCAGCUAAAACAGAUUCAAGAUGAAAUGUAUAAAAUCAAGAAGGAGAUUCAAAGUAAUUUGGAAAGAAAGGAGGCCGAAAUUCAAGAGGAGAGACAGCGAUUAAUGGAAAUGGAUGAAACAAUUACAAGAGAAUGCAAUGAAUACAGAAAGCUGACUGAAGAAAUACAGAAAGAAAAAGAGCAGAUUGAAAUCAGCAAAAAGUUGAUGGAUCAAGAGAAGGAUGAACUUAAAAACAUGAAAAAUGAUCUGGAGAAGCAAUUACAAAAUCUAAGACAUGACAAACUGAAUUUACAAGAUGAGAAGAAAGCACUAGAACAGAUAAGGGCAGAAUCCAAAGAGAUUCAAAAUGUUAUCAAGAAGGAAAGACAGGAUCAUGAGAAAUGCUGGGAGGAGAUUGAGGGUGAAAAGGAAAGAGUGGAGGAAGAAAUCAGACAAUUAGAGAGACAGAGGGAAGAAACUAACAAACUUCACAGCGAGUUGCAAAUAAUUAGAGAUGACAUUAAAAGUAAGAAAGAAAAUAUUGAUAAAGAAAUUAAAGAAUUGUUGCAAAUGAGGAUUGAACUGGAGAGAACAAAAGUGGAAAUUAAAAAGGAUAAUCAACAACUUCAAGAUGAUAAAUUUAACCUUGAAAAGACAAAAGCUGAGAUAAAGAUACAGACAGAUAAAUUGAUACUAAUAGACACUAAUUUAAAGGAGAAAGAAAGAGAAAUUAAAAUCCAACUAGAUAAAGACAGAGAAGAAAUUAAAUGUUUGUCUGAAGAGACUGAAAUGAAAAUGAGGGACCUUGAUAAGACGAUAAAGGAGAUGGAGAGACAAAAGCAAGAAAUUGAGAAAACAAAAGUGAUGCUUGAAAAGGAAAAGACAGAAAUUGACAAAGAAAAGACAGAUAUUGACAAAGAAAAGAAAGACUUGGAAAAACAAAUGAUGGGCCAGAUUGAGCAGAUACAAAAGGACAGACUGGCCCUUGAGGAGAUGAAGGAAGAACUUCUUCAUGAAAAACAAGAAAUGGAGGAAGAGAGGAAUAACUUGAUGGCUUUAAGCAACAAACUAGAAGUUUUAAGAGCAGAGACAAGGAACAAGCAAAAUGAAAAUGAGAUUUUGAAGAAUAAACUUAUUAUGGAAAAAUCAAACAUUGAGGAACGGCAAGUCGAGGUACUCAACCAGCAGCGACAGAAUGAUCAAACCAGUGAGGAAAACAAAAAAGAGAGAGAAGAUCUGGAAAAACAGAGAUUUGAAACUGAACAGCAGAAACAGAUAUUGCAGCUUAACAUCAUAAAAAUGAAUGAAGAGAAGCAAAAACUUCAGAAAGCCAAAGAAGAAAUGGAAAACAUAAAAUACAUGACCAACAAAGAAAGAGACAAGGUUGAACAAAUGCAAGCUGAGAUACACAGUCAGAUUCAGUCGACUGAACUACAAAUGCAACUCAUGCAAGACAAGCAGGAUGCUCUUGAGGAAAAAGAGCUAAACAUACAGAAGAAGGAAAGGGAAGUAGAGAAGAGAAACAUAGAAUUAGAUGGAAUCGCUGCUCAGCUUCACAUUGAACAGGAACAUUUAGAUAAAGUUCAUGAGGAAACCAAUAAGAGACAACAUGCCCUUGAAGAGAUAAAACAUGAUAUAGAACUGCAAAAACAAGAAAUCAAUAAGGACUUUGAGUUGCUUAAGAAGAUACGGCAUGAAAUAGACAACGAAAAUAUAGAAAUGAAGCAGAAAAAAGAUGAUCUGCAGAUCUGGACUAAACAACAGAAAGAUAAGGUUCAAGUCCAGUUAGAAGAGCUAGAGAAAGAAAGAGAAAAACUGGAAAAAAUGAAGAUUCUUACUGAGAGAGAACAAACUGAAAAAGAGAAAGCUGAUAUAAAUAGGCUAAAUGGUGAAAUAGAGACAAUGAGACAAACAGUGAUAAUUCAGAAGACUGAGCUGGAGCAGAGAGAGAAAUAUAUUACUGAGCAGCAGCAAAGACUGGAUCAAAGUGUAAGAGAGAUAGCGGAAGAAAGAAGGGAAAUGGAUAAGUUGAGGACUGAACUAGAAGCUCAGAGACAAAGAAUGCAAGAGGACAUGAAGACUAUUGCAAAGCAGGAAAAAGAACUUGCACAACUGAGAGAUGAAAUACAAAGAGAAAAACAAGAAAUUGGUGAGAACAGGAACAUGAAUAACAAGUUAAUGAAAGAUCUGGAAAUCACGAAAGCCAAGCUGGUGGAACAACAAGAAGUGAUCCAAACUGAAGCAGAAAAACUCCAAAAGGAAAGAAAACUGGUUGACCAGACAAAAUCUGAGAUGCAGAAUGAUGCUGAAAAUCUGAAAAACGUAUCAGAAGAGAUCAAAAGAAAGCAAGAAAAAACUGAGAUAAGGGAGUCCCACCUUAAACAAAUGAUGGAUCAAUGUGUCAAUACCAUGGAAGAAAAUAAGAGGAAGAAAAGUGAACUAGAAAAGACUAUUGAUGACAUAGAAGAGCAAAAUCAACUGAUUAAGACUGAGAAAGACCAUCUGGAAAAAGAGAGAAACAACAUUGAAAAGGAAAAAGAAGAAUUGCAAAGACGAGCUGAUGACCUGGAGAUGAACAUGACAGAACAAAAAGAAAAAGAAGAGAUGAGUAAAAGAUCAAUGGAUGACGAGAAAAAGCUUCUUGAGCAAAAGGCUGGCGAAAUCCUGAGACAGAGAAAUGAAAUAGAGAAAGAAAAAGAGGACAUGACAAAGAAGUGGAAUGAGCUGGAUGUUCUCCAGAAGAAAAUACAAAAACAAAGAGACGAAAUGGAAGAAAUCAAAUAUGAGUUACAGACUGAAAAGGCUGAAAUUAAUCAACAGCAGCAGAGCCUGGAGAAGAGUAUAAGAGCUGUGAAUGAGGAGAGAAGAGAUCUGGAGAAUAUCAAAAAUGAAAAGAGAGGAACUUGAUCAGAUAAAGAGUGAACUG